AUGAUCGAAUGCAAUAACACUGUGUGUAUUAAUGAUGAUAAACCACUAAUUUUGGUACCUCCUGGAUUUCAUGUUGAAGUUUUGGAGUCUCCAGAAAAAACACCAACGAAAGUCCAGAAAAAAGUUUCUUUAACAACAAGUUUAACACCUUUAACAGUUGAUUCAUCUAACGAACAAAAUGAGAAAAGUAUUCAAAAAUCAAACUCUAUUAAUAAGAUUUGUUCAUCAAAUAUUGUGAACCAAAGUCAUAACAAUAGUUGUUAUCUAUCUGAUGACAAUAAUGGUUCUGCAUCUAAUAAAGUUAAAGAAAGCAACCCAUCUAGCAUAGUAGAAAAUUGUAUUUCGUUGACAUCCGUAAUUACACCAGAUAAGAGUUCCAAAAGCUUUAAAAUUCAAACUAUUGAAAAAAGAGUAUUGACACGAAACAAGAAUAAACCAGAUGGACAAAAUGAACCUAUAAGUAAAGCGAAAGACACUUCAGCUACAAGAGUACUGCGAAAAUGUAGGAAGACAAUAGCAAGAGAAGAAAUUUCUAAUAAGGCACUUGAAAGAGUUCGGAGUGAGGCUUUCGAGGAUGGUUUUGGUUUUCUUAGAAGAAGUCAUAGGCUUUCAACUAAAACUACAAAAGAAUUGCGAAAAUGUAAAAAAACAACGACAAGAAAAGACAUUUCUAAUAAGGCACUUGAAAGAGUUCGAAGUGAGGCUUUCGAUUAUGGUUUUGGUUUUCUUAGAAGAAGUCCUAGGCUGUCAACUAAAACUACAAAAGAAUUGCGAAAAUGUAGGAAUACAACAGCAAAAGAAGAAAUAAGCAUGUUUAAACCUGAAGAAAUUUCAAAUAAGGCACUUGAAAAAGUUGUAAGAAAGUCUUAUAAGAUCAAUACAUUAAAAAAGAAUUUCAAUGUAAAUGGGUCAUGGACAGUAUCAAGAGACACAACAAUUGAUGGCACUAACACUCUGUGUAUUAAUGAUAGCAAACAGCGACUUUUGGUACCUGUUGGAUUUAAUGUUGAAGUCUUAGAAACUCCAGAAAAAACACUAACAAAACUUCAGAAAAAGAAUUCUUUUACCCCAAGUUUAACAUGUCCAUCAGUUGAUUCAUCUAUAAAAGAACAUAAUAAGAUGGGUGAAAUAGUAGUAGAACGUAGAAAAAUAUUAAAACCCAUGUGGAAAGUAAGAAAUGUUGAUAAUGUUAGUACUUUAAAAGAGAAUUUUAGUUUAAAUGGGUCAUGGAUAGUAUCAAAGGAAACAAUGAUCGAAUGCAAUAACACUGUGUGUAUUAAUGAUGAUAAACCACUAAUUUUGGUACCUCCUGAAUUUAAUGUUGAAGUUUUGGAGUCUCCAGAAAAAACACCAAAGAAAGUCCAGAAUAAAGUUUUGUUAACCUCAAGUUUAACACCUUUAACAGUUGAUUCAUCUAACGAACCAAAUGAGAAAAGUAUUCAAAAAUCAAACUCUCUUGAUAAGAUUUGUUCACCAAAUAUUGUGAACCAAAGUCAUAACAAUAGUUGUUAUUUAUCUGCUGACAAUAAUGGUUCUGCAUCUAAUAAAGUUGAUUAUGGUUUUGGUUCUCUUAGAAGAAGUCCUAGGCUGUUAAUUAAAACUACAAAAGAAUUGAGUAAAUGUAGGAACACAACAGCAAGAGAAGACAUUUCUAAUAAGGCACUUGAAAGAGUUCGGAGUGGGGCUUUCGAGGAUGGUUUUGGUUUUCUUAGAAGAAGUCCUAGGCUUUCAACUAAAACUACAAAAGAAUUGCGAAAAUGUAAAAAAACAACAGCAAGAAAAGACAUUUCUAAUAAGGCACUUGAAAGAGUUCGAAGUGAGGCUUUCGAUUAUGGUUUUGGUUUUCUUAGAAGAAGUCCUAGGCUGUCAACUAAAACUACAAAAGAAUUGCAAAAAUGUAGGAAGACAACAGCAAGAGAAGAGAUUUCUAAUAAGGCACUUGGAAGAGUUCGAAGUGAGGCUUUCGAGGAUGGUUUUGGUUUUCUUAGAAGAAGUCUUAGGCUGUCAAUUAAAACUGAUUCUGCUAAGAAAAUAGUUUGA